AUGUCCCCACCGCGGGUGCAGGGCUCGGCCAUGGAGAGGGAUGUCCCUCGCGGGCGCAGGGCUCAGCCAUGGAGCAGCCGCGGGGCUGCGCAGGCACACGGCCCCACACUCGUUGAACAGAGACUGUGGGAGGCCACCCUGAGUGCCGGCGGCGGGGACCCCCAUCACUGCGCGGUAGCGCCCGCAUGCCGGAGCCUCGGCUCUCAGAGCCACCUGCCUCCCCGCCCCGCGCUCCAGAAGCCGGCAAGAGGGGGCUCGGUGCCGGGCUUCGGGCAGAGAGGCGCCGCAGCAGGGACCCCGCGGACUGGGCUCAGGCGCCUGCCUGGGAAGCAGCAGACGCCCCUGACACCUCGGCAGGCCUGGUGCUCAGGGCUGGCGGGGCCAAGGCGCAGCGAGGCAGGAGCACCCGGCAGGGGCAGACCAAAUCCCUGCCGCGGCCCCACCAACCCUGGCACAGUCCCCGCGACUUUCCUCAUCCCCAGGCGACCCCGCGGAAGGAGGGGAAGAGGAGGUCCGGAGGCUUGGGGGACUGAAGGAGUAGGGAAGGCAGGGGACCCGGUUCUCUGGGGCUGGAGGCUCCACGGCGAAGGUGCCCAAGCACGUGGGGGCACAGGACGUGCCAGCCUGGCCACGGGAACCCGGGCCGGCGGGGAAACGGGGGCCCACGGCUAG